ACUCCUGGUUUCACGGUCCCAAGGAUUUCAUUUGAAGGGCGGGGCAUCCCUUUCACACCCCUCCACCCCAACGGGAGCCUGGAGUCUGGACCAAUAGAAGCAAAGGACCUCAUUUACUGGCACUAAAACCUGGCCCUAUUUAAGUGGUAGCAGGCAUGGGCUGUGAGCUGCGUCGGCUUUUCUCCACAAACGGGCACACUUGUUGUCUGAUCCGGGGCAUCACUCAACUGACGACAAGAGGAAAGGGGGAAAGGUUGUAGGGCUCUUGCUGCCACCAUGUGCUCUGGCAAGUGUACAAGAUACAUCGGACACUCUCUGGUGUGGUUUGCUGUCCUCUGCAUCGUAGCAAACAUUUUGCUCUACUUUCCCAACGGGGAAACCAAGUAUGCUUACGACGACCACCUCAGCCGCUUUGUGUGGUUCUUCGCCGGCAUCGUAGGCGGAGGUCUGCUGAUACUCCUGCCGGCGUUUGUGUUCAUCGGGCUGGAGGAAGAUGACUGCUGCGGUUGUUGCGGCCGGGACAACUACGGCAAGAGAUGCACAAUGCUUUCUUCUAUCAUGGCUGCUCUCAUUGGCAUUGCAGGAUCUGGCUACUGUGUCAUUGUGGCAGCGCUGGGUUUGGCAGAAGGACCAAAGUGUAGCGAUACCCAUGGUGUGUGGAACUACACCUUUGCCAACACUGACGGACAGUACCUUCUGGAGCCCACCACAUGGUCCCAGUGCUAUGAACCUAAAAAUAUUGUGGAGUGGAAUGUGACGCUAUUUUCUAUGCUCUUGACAUUCGGGGGAAUUGAAUUCAUCUUGUGUCUCACUCAAGUCAUAAGUGCAGUGCUCAGCGGCAUAUGUGGCUAUUGCUGCUCCCAACACCAGCAAUACGACUGCUGAAAGAGCCCAAGACAGAACCACAUGCUUCCUUUAUUUCAUCGUAACUUGUAUAUUUUACUGGCCUUAUGCAACUUUGCACUGGUGUAUCAUAUUCCGUACAUUCUGCUUUUAUAAAGAAACGUGCUGACACCCUCACGUGAUGUCAGCGUUUGCAGCUAGCAAGCAAACUCUAUUUUAAAGGAUGAGGCAACAGGCUGCCCUCACUUUGGUGGCAUUUUACAGACUGAAUGACUGUUCUCAGCGUGGCUGAGAUAAACUCUUCAGUAUUUAAGGUAAAAAAGUCACUUAACUAUCGUGCAUAUGUGUAUUUUAAAUAAAAGACCUCCGGUUUCCCUUUUAAGACCAAGAA